CACUACCAGACGCACCAAGUCAGUGGCCCUCGUCCUCAACAUUUGUAGUUUUACUCGCAGUAAAACAAGUGAAGAACGAACACAACAAUAUGAUCGUGACACGAAGACAGCAUCACGCCGGUUUUACUUACCUUUUCCUCCUUCGUGGUCCUCCGGGCUUUCAUCUUUUAUGAAAAUUGAAAAUGCGCUGUACUAG